ACAGGGAUUUUAAUGGCAACACCUGCCACCUCUUGCUCGCCAGACUUCACCUGCAACGCGGAAGGACAGCGUAUAACAGAGGGAGCCAUGGGCGAAGCUUCCCUUUCCGCGCAGGCGCUUUCAGUCGCAACCACGCGACUAUCGCGAUAGACCAGCGAGAUCGACGCUGGCCCUUUAACAGCCCCUUCCCGGGAGCCUGCUCCGCGCGUGCUCACUGCGGUUCUGCGCUUGUCAUCAUGGCGACGCGGGGCCAUGUGCAGGACCCCAACGACAGGCGCCUCCGGCCCAUUUACGAUUAUCUUGAUAAUGGUAAUAAUAAAAUGGCAAUUCAGCAAGCAGAUAAACUGUUGAAGAAACAUAAGGAUCUUCAUUGUGCUAAGGUUUUAAAGGCAAUUGGCUUACAGAGAACUGGAAAGCAAGAGGAAGCCUUCACUUUGGCACAGGAGGUGGCAGCCCUUGAGCCCACAGAUGAUAACUCAUUGCAGGCACUAACUAUCCUUUAUCGGGAGAUGCAUCGACCGGAAUUAGUUACAAAACUUUAUGAGGCAGCUGUGAAGAAAGUUCCCAAUAGUGAGGAGUAUCACUCUCACCUCUUCAUGGCCUAUGCCAGAGUGGGUGAAUACAAGAAAAUGCAACAGGCUGGCAUGGCUUUAUAUAAGAUUGUCCCCAAAAACCCUUACUACUUUUGGUCUGUGAUGAGCUUAAUUAUGCAAUCUAUAUCAGCACAGGAUGAAAACCUCUCAAAAACAAUGUUUCUGCCCCUUGCCGAGAGAAUGGUAGAAAAAAUGGUGAAAGAGGACAAGAUAGAAGCUGAGGCUGAAGUUGAACUUUAUUAUAUGAUCCUGGAACGUUUGGGAAAAUACCAGGAGGCCUUGGAUGUUAUCAGAGGGAAAUUAGGAGAGAAGUUGACAAGUGAGAUUCAGAGUCGGGAAAAUAAAUGCAUGGCUAUGUACAAGAAACUGAGUAGGUGGCCAGAGUGCAAUGCUCUUUCCAGGCGCCUCUUACUAAAAAACUCAGAUGACUGGCAGUUCUAUCUUACUUAUUUCGAUUCUGUCUUUCGACUGAUUGAAGAGGCCUGGAUUCCUCCUGCUGAAGGUGAACACUCUUUAGAAGGAGAAGUACAUUAUUCUGCAGAAGAAGCUGUGAAGUUUAUAGAAGAUCGGAUAACAGAAGAAUCUAAAAAUUCUCGCCAUCUCAGAGGACCAUAUCUAGCUAAACUGGAGCUGAUUAGGCGUUUACGAAGGCAAGGAUAUAACGAUGAGUACAAACUGGGUGAUCCAGAAGAAUUAAUGUUCCAGUAUUUUAAAAAGUUUGGGGAUAAACCUUGUUGUUUUACAGACCUUAAGGUGUUUGUUGAUCUCUUACCUGCUACACAGUGUACAAAAUUUAUUAAUCAGUUACUUGGAGUUGUUCCUUUGUCGACACCAACAGAGGAUAAGCUGGCACUGCCUGCUGACAUCAGAGCUCUGCAGCAACAUUUGUGUGUGGUGCAGCUGACGAGGUUACUUGGCUUGUACCACACCAUGGAUAAAAAUCAGAAAUUGAGUGUGGUCAGAGAAUUGAUGUUAAGGUACCAGCAUGGACUGGAAUUUGGGAAAUCCUGUUUGAAAACUGAAUUGCAAUUUUCUGACUAUUACUGUCUCCUUGCUGUCCAUGUGCUUAUUGAUAUAUGGAGAGAAACAGGUGACGAGACCGCUGUGUGGCAGGCCCUGACUUUGCUGGAAGAGGGAUUAACACAUAGCCCUUCUAAUGCUCAAUUCAAACUGCUGCUUGUUCGGCUCUACUGUAUGCUGGGUGCAUUUGAACCAGUGGUGGAUCUUUAUUCUAGCCUUGAUGCCAAGCAUAUCCAGCAUGAUACUAUUGGUUAUCUUUUGACCCGAUACGCCGAAUCUUUAGGUCAGUAUGCUGCUGCGUCCCAAUCCUGUAACUUCGCACUCAGGUUUUUCCACUCCAACCAGAAAGAUACCUCAGAAUAUAUUAUUCAAGCUUACAAAUAUGGUGCAUUUGAGAAGAUCCCAGAGUUUAUCGCUUUUAGGAACAGGCUGAAUAAUUCUCUUCAUUUUGCACAAGUUCGUACUGAACGCAUGCUGUUAGAUCUUCUACUUGAAGCAAGUAUAUCAACCAGUUUAGCAGAAAGUAUAAAAUCAAUGAAUCUUAGACCAGAAGAAGAUGACAUUCCAUGGGAAGAUUUGCGAGACAACAGAGACUUAAAUGUUUUCUUCAGCUGGGAUCCAAAAGACAGGGAUGUUUCUGAAGAACAUAAGAAACUCUCCUUGGAGGAAGAGACCUUGUGGUUAAGAAUUCGAUCCUUAACAUUGAGGCUAAUCAGUGGACUUUCAAGCCUCAACCACCCUGUGGAACCAAAGAACUCAGAGAAGACGACUGAGAAUGGUGUGUCCUCCCGGAUUGAUAUUCUUCGUUUACUCCUUCAACAGCUGGAGGUAGCCCUGGAGACAGGAAAGCGAUUUAUUGAGAAGGAAAUUCAGUAUCCUUUUCUUGGUCCUGUACCUACCAGAAUGGGUGGAUUUUUAAGUUCUGGCUGUUCUGAGUGCCAGAUAAGCUCUUUUUAUCUUGUUAAUGAUAUUUAUGAGCUGGAUAUCAGUGGUUUAGAGGAUACAAUAGAGAUCCAGGAACGAAUACAAAAUAGUCUUAAGUCUUUACUACACCAAUUAAAAGAUGUCUUCAGUAAGUGUAAAGGUGAUCUCUUAGAAGUUAAAGAUGGUAACUUGAAAACACAUCCUACUCUUUUAGAAAAUCUAGUCUUCUUUGUUGAGACUAUUUCUAUUAUCCUUUGGGUGUCUAGUUACUGUGAGAGUGUCCUGCGACCAUACAAAUUAAAUUUACAAAAAAAGAAAAAGAAGAAAAAAGAAACCAGCAUUAUCAUGCCACCUGUCUUUCCCAGUUUCCAAGACUAUGUUACUGGGCUUCAGACUUUAAUUUCCAAUGUUGUGGAUCAUAUUAAAGGGCUUGAAACACAUCUGAUUGCACUUAAACUUGAAGAACUUAUUUUAGAAGACACUUCUCUGUCACUGGAGGAGAGAAAAUUUUCAAAGACUGUUCAAGGGAAGGUGCAGAGCAGUUAUCUGCACUCACUUCUGGAAAUGGGGGAGCUGCUGAAAAAAAGACUGGAGACCACAAAAAAACUAAAACUUUAAGGAGAUAACAACAACAGGCACGGUGGACUCUAAAACAGAAAAAUGACACCAUCUUCCCAGACAAAGACAUCUGGUUGACCAUCAUUUUAAUCCAGAACUUCCUCCUAAAAUGCAUGAAGGACUUUGUGAAUUAAUUUUUUAGGUAUUAAAUAUAUACAACUGAUUAAAUUAUUGUAUAUAAACCAGAAGCAGGACCCUCAUCUGGGUUUGACCACUUUUUAUACAUGUUCAUAUGCAUAUGGCAGCAACAAGAGAACCCUCCUUUUCUUCCCUCCCAUCACCAGAGACAUCUUAAGGGGGCCGGUUCUACAUAAGCAGCAAUAGAAAUUAUGCAUCAAGUAUCAACCUCAUAGCAACUGAAUUGCCCUCCCACUAUAGCAGUGGGAGUUUGGGUCUAGUCCUUUUGCCACAGGAAGUAGAGGGAUGACCAUGACUGGGAGCAGGUCCUCUUGCCAUUGUAGCAGGGUUGUUUUGAGGUUCUUCAGCUACUUGGUUCCCACAAAACUCAAAGCAGGUGCAGAGCCUUAGAUGAGAUUUGGCAUAAGCAACUCCCACUGGAGGGCACCACUCAGAUGACCCAGAGGAGCUCAUUUUUUG